AUUUUCCACGCGUCCACUUUGCCCUUGGAACAACGCCGUCAGGCUGCCACACUUAGUGUUCCUUGAUUGUGACCUGUUUCUGUUCCCCAGAAACAAUCCCGGUUAUUCCUGGACCUGCCAGUCUUUUCCUGAGUUUAUCAAGGUGAGCCUGAUCUGCAAGCUGCCUGCGGAGAAACGCCGCGGCGUAUGCUGGCACAACGCAUUGCCAGUUUGUGUAGGCGUCCCUUGCAUGUUGGUGUGUGUACCUGUACCCCUGUGGAUAGUGAUCCCUUAUCGCGCUUUGUUUGCUCGCCACCACUUCUGGGCCUCAGUUUUGUGUCGUCUGCGAACGGAGAAAGGUGGUGGCUGUGUACCGCAAGGACUACUUCUAGAACUCCCGUUUCACAGAGUGAAGUGAGCUGAUUGUGAGCAUCACCAACCCCCCAUACCGGCCCCAACCGCUACCGUCUGUCUGCCGCCCUCUCGCCGUUAGUGGCCCGACACACUACAGUAUUCAGCAUGGACUCCAUGGACUCCAUUAAACCCCUGCCCAACGAUGACCCCACCGUUACCCUGACCAUCCGGCUCAUCAUGCAGGGCAAGGAAGUUGGCAGUAUUAUUGGAAAGAAAGGAGAAAUUGUCAAAAGAUUCAGGGAAGAGUCUGGAGCAAAAAUAAAUAUUUCUGAUGGAUCAUGUCCUGAACGAAUUGUCACUGUUACUGGACCAACAAAUGCUAUUUUCAAGGCAUUCACACUUAUUUGCAAGAAGUUUGAAGAGUUCCAAGAAAUGCAAGGUGCCCCAAAUAGUUCAGGCAUUCCUCGCCCACCAAUUACUCUGCGGCUCAUCGUGCCAGCUUCCCAGUGUGGUUCUCUCAUCGGCAAAGGUGGUUCGAAGAUUAAGGAGAUCCGUGAGGUGACAGGAGCUUCCAUUCAAGUAGCUUCUGAAAUGUUGCCAAAUUCAACUGAACGUGCGGUGACCAUCUCGGGCACCAGUGAGGCUAUUACACAGUGCAUCUACCACAUCUGCUGUGUUAUGCUCGAGUCCCCUCCCAAAGGUGCCACGAUCCCUUAUCGCCCCAAACCCCAAGUGGCUGGCCCAGUGAUCCUUGCGGGUGGACAGGCUUAUACCAUCCAGGGUAACUAUGCCGUACCCGCCCAUGCCGACGUAAGUACAAUGCCCUUGUUCCCUGGCUUGGCGCCGGUAGCCGGCCACCCCCCGUUGGGCCUGCCCCCCUCCCCGCUCCUGCAUACCGGGCUCGCAGACCCGCUGCUGAAGAACGGACACUUGCAGGCCGCACUGCCGCCAGCUCACCUGGCUGCCGAUGGACUAAACUCUUCUCUGGACAUCAGUGCUGGCAUCUCAUAUUUACAAAGGAAUGUUGGUACAAGAGGCUGUAGGUUAGGGAUAUUUGUUAUGUAUGGAGGUGGAUUAUUUGCAUACUUCCAGAAGAUGGGGAUGGGCAAUUCGCCAUUAGCCGGUUUGGCAGCUCUUGGUCUGGGAGGACUCAACACUGGCACUACGGGAGGACUGAACCCUGCCGCAUUAGCUGCUUUGGCUGGAAGCCAGCUCAGGACCAAUAACCAAAAUCGUAAUCAACCUGGUGCAAAUCAGCAAACACAUGAAAUGACAGUUCCAAAUGAAUUGAUUGGUUGCAUCAUUGGAAAGGGAGGCACCAAAAUUGCUGAGAUCAGGCAAAUCAGUGGGGCAAUGAUUCGUAUCUCCAAUUGUGAGGAACGUGAGGGUGGCAGCACUGACCGAACAAUCACCAUCACGGGUAAUCCUGAUUCAGUGGCUCUGGCACAAUAUCUGAUCAACAUGAGUGUUGAACUGCAGAAAGCUAACCUUGAGGCCCAAAAUCCCACCAAUCCCGGUGGUCCGGGCAGCUCGACCACCCCCGGCUCGAGCUCCAGCGGUCCUUCCUCUGCGGCCGCCUCCCCUCUGGCCAGUGCCAUCCCUCUCGCCCAGCUGCUGUCCAAACCUGGCGCGCUGAACGCGCUCUCCAGCCUGAGCGCUCUGGGCGGGCUGACGGAGCUCUUGGGGGGCGCCGGGGCUGGCGCCCCCGUGCAGACCACAGGCGUCCACCGUUCCCACAAGACCUACACCCCCAGGCUGCGCAGCCCUGGCGGGGGCAUGGGGCCCCAGGACAACAGCAAGCUCAAGUCGGAGCGCAGCAAGUUUGCGCCGUACUGAGCACUUGAGGGCCAGUCUGGGGGUGUAGGCUGCUCAGCACUAUUACAGAGAAGCCUCUUUAAUAUUUAUGUUUAGGAUGAAGGAGCAAUCUGCUCCUGUCUUGUACAAAUUUAAAACAUGUUCUUUGUCCCUUCCUUAUUUUUGAUUAGUCGCUGUGAUUGCGUACUGCAACUUAGUGAUUUUACCAUGUUCAGUCUAGACUCGGGACUUCUACAGAUUUGAAUUUUGUCUCGUUUUUCAUAUUAUUGAGGUUUUCCUGUAAAAUGAUUGUGAACAAUAGACAAAGAUUUGAUGUAAGUUUGCAGUCUUUGAUGAGUCGCACUUGACCAAGUCAGGCGUAUUGUAAGAAGCAGUGUUUCACAAAUCUCUUAAAUAGGUAAUGUUAGGUAUUCAAUAUCAAGUAAUAACAUACGUGUUUAUCAAUAGCUGAUAUUUCAUUCAUUGGGUUAUAUAUUUUCUUUAUUAGUAUAUAUAUCUACAUCUAUAUAGAACAACAUUACCAUCCUAGUUCAGUGUUUGUGAAAACUUUAUUCAUAUCAGUGAAUCAAUUAUGUUCAUUUAAGAAGGGUAGUUUCCAGAGAUGAUUUGAUAUAAAAUAGAUGUUUGAAAUAAUUUUAUAGAACACUUUUUCUUUUGCCAAAAGUAAUCAAGAUUCCAUUCUUGUGAUAUGUUUUCAUUAAUGUGAAUUUUAUGAGCAUAAUCACAACUUAGGAAUUAUCACUGUUUGAAAUAAAGUAUUUGCUGAUAAUUUUAAGAUCAUUGGAAUCAUUUGUACCUUUUAAUUUCAGAAUUUUUUGGUGUCAAGAAGUAUAAUUGGGAUGUGUGUGUUUUUGAGUACAUGUUGUUGACUGUCUUUGUAGGUCUAUGUAAAACAUAUCAGUACAACUUUAAUAGAUUAUUUUUAUGGCGUUAUUUUUGUUUGAUUACACAAGUAUAUUGGAACUUGAAAAAGAAAUAACAGAGAUUUGUUUUGAUGAAAUGUAGACCUGUUUCUCUGACAGUACACUUGUAAAAAAUGUGAUUUAAAGAAUAAACGUACAUACUUACAAAAUAGGAG